AUGUUCGCCCAACCUUUCGACCAUUCGUUCAAUGAUCUAUUCAAUCAAUGUGUCGAUGUGGAUCCCUCGACAGUUGAUGGUAACAAAGACGUUUCGUUCCCUGGUGAUCUUGACCAAUUAUUCUCUUUCGACUCAUUGUCCAGCGAGUGUGGCGACCUGUCACCCAGCAUCUCUGCCUCCAAGCGGGCCCUUAAGUCACCACAACAUUGGAGUAGAGACCUUUGGUGUGCUCCACAGGAUGCGGCCCCAUCCGCCGGGCAAGCGGCCCUUGGGUUUCCAGACACCAUCCAUCCUUCUACUGUCUCGGAUCUCAACGUCAACCUCGAAGCUUCUUCGCCAAAACAAGUCCGGUCGCCGUCUACUCCCCCAACCACCCCUAACCGCAAAACAAAAAACGCAUUAGUGACCCCCAAGUCCAUCCGUCGCCAUUGUCACACGAAUGACAACCGUAGUCCACUGCGCAAACAGAGCUCUCCCAGUUUGAUGCGCUCUUCUCAGCUCCAAAAGAGUAGGAUGGCGUACCCAGACGCUUGGGCUCAGUCGCUCCAGAACUUCAGUAUUGGUGGUUCUGAUGAUCGACUGCCAUUGUCGCCGCCACCAUCAGAUAUCCUGGUGCAACAUGAGAAUCUUCCCACCGACGGCACCUCCGCGCAGAUGAACCAUCCGGGGGAUUCCACAGAUAUAUCUCAUCAUUUUGAUUCGACCAUGUUCACUCAGUCACCAGCCAUCUCCAUGCCAUCACCUUCUGCUGGUGCCUUAGCAAGGAAGCAGCAGCGAUAUUUAAGCCGUUCGAACCCUUCGGGAAUUCCCACGUCAAGCUCCCCGCCAGCAGACGACAUAUUUUCCUCUCCACAUUCCUCGGAUCCUCAGUCCCUGUCCUCAUGGCAUUCCGACCCGGCGCUUCCAUUCACACCCGACCUUCAUAACCAUGAUGCUCAAGCAUGGUGGUCACCAAUGGCUUCUCGGGUUGCACCACAGCGACAACCUUCCUACCAACAAGUGGUCGCGUCCCCAGCUCCUCAAAGACGAAUCCAUAACACCACCAACCAACAUGACAUGCUGCAAGGGGGGCUUAUGAUUCAGUUAGAUCCCACACCAUUUGACAUGCCGGGUACGGCAGAUCCAUCCUUUCCCGCAUCAAACAUGCCCCGGGUUCCAAGCGUUCAGGAAAACCACACGUACAGCCACGUCCCCACUACUCUACAAAAGUUUGUCGACUCGUCCUCCUUCGCGCCUCAAAUCCAGAAUUCUUCGCGAUCCCCAUCUUUAUCUCCGAGAGCAGGUUCACCUAGGGAUGUCAUGCGCAAUGAAACUAACAUUAAAACUCCUCAGCGCCAAAAUCAUGGCCGCAAAUUGUCGUCUCACUCCAUGAAUGCUCCCAGGCAGGUCAAGGGCACAGGUCGCUCAACAGGGAGCCCGAAGAGCGCGAAUAGGUCCGUGAUGGUGUCGUUUGUGAAUUUCACCCCUGACGACAGCAAGAAGAUCCUAACUGGUGUUGCCCCGAGCGGAAGCUCGAAAACGAAAGCGCGGCGGGAGCAAGAAGCCCGCGAUAGACGGCGCAAAAUGAGCGAAGCUGCGUUGAAUGCAGUGCGAAAAGCCGGUGGCGACGUCGAAGCUCUAGAAGCAGUUCUCUGCUAA